AUGAGAUUUCAACGUUAUGAAAUAGGUAUUUUUUUGCUCUGCCUGGUCCCUACUAAGCGGUUUUGUUCUUAGACUCGGUAGUACCUGGAGCCCACAGGCGACGACGAAAUACCAUGGCGAACGAGGCGGCGCAGUGUUGACUCUAAAACUAACUCAUGUUCCCGAAACUCUCGCUGAGCAAAUAACUGCCAGCCGAUGCUAUUUCGACGGCGCGACCUCAGGCAAAACUCAAAAGUUGUUGGCGAAACCGCGGAAAAGUUCCUCCGCCUUUGCCGCCACUUCUGCUCCGCCGCCACUCGACUCGACCGCCCGCCGACUUCUCCAACUCGAACGGUUCGUCUUUUUUUCAUUGAUAUUUUUGAUAUCGCAUAGUUGUACUUUUUUGAAAAAAUUGAACACUGGGCUAUAUUCAAAUAAAAAUGUUAAAGUUCCAGAAAUUUCGAAGUAUCAGGCAUGUUGACCUCUUAAGAAUAACUACACACCGACGAAAAUAACCUGGAAAUUUUGACAAAAAAGUAGUGUGUAGAAGUAAAGAUGUCACGAAUCAGAAUCAAUUUUGCGAUGGGACUGAAAGAUGCCAUAAGCCUUUUGCCUUAGAAGCAAAGUUUGAAAAAACUCCGUGUAGGUCUGAAGGACAAUGCUUAUAAUUUCCCCGAUUUAUCCUUUAAAAAGUCAAGUCAACUUUCUGAGAAACCGUCCAACCUUUUCGUAUUCUCGCAUAUCGUGCUCUUUUCUUUGUUUGAAUCGGGAAUUAGCUGAUUUACACAAGUGUUAUUUGAUACAUUUUCUUGUUUCCCGAGUAUUUACCCAAUCCCAUCACUUUUUCCUCUCAGCUCAUGCCGCUGACGUUGUUUGUGGCAUUGUUUCGCUCAGAGAAACCUUUUGGGUAUCAUAUUCUUGUUUGAAAGUACGGUAACGGAAGUGAGAAACCAGAAAAAAAACUUCAAGACAAGGAAAGCGAAAAGGAAAGUCUAAUCGAAAUUCCCGUGUUUAUUUAAAGAAAAGGGAAUUUUUGAUGGGUCUAUUUCAAAAAAAGCGCCGAUCUUUUAACGACAUCAUUCAUGAUAAACGCUGAGUAAAGUCUCCCGGAGUGGAAACUGUGAAACCUAUUUUUUUUAGAAAAUAAUUUUUCGAAAUGAGAUUGGUAACCGCUUAAUUGGCAUUGAAAACUCUUCUUACCUCAUAAUUUUACCUUUUCUUCCAAAAACCACAGAAAGCUUUUUUGAGUAAGCUGUGGAAAAGUUUUUGUACUCUCAAGGACAGUGUUCUGAAAAAAUUCAAUUCAAUCACAAAAACGAUUUUUUGCAAAAAAAGAAUGAAACAGGGUUUGUGUUUUUAAUCUGAGCGUCUCUCCGAGAAUUUAAAAAUUUUCAUUUGAUUUUUGGGAUCCGAUUUCAUCAUUUUUUUUAAGCGUGUUCAAUUGCCAGCAAACGUUCUUUACGUGAACAUAAAAAUAACCCUAAUUUUUUGUAGAUAUGUAUAAAAUAAGAGUUUUUUUGACCUAGGAUGAUAAAAAAAGCAGAAGAGGAAUGUUUUACAGAUAACUUUUUAGAAAAAAAGAAUUUAGCGCUAUUUUAUGAUGGCUUAGAUCACUGUUCGCUUUUCAAUAUACAGGUUGUAAAUUGUUUUUUUUUUUCCUACUAAUUUCUCAUUCUUUCUGGUUUUUUUUUUUUGAAGUAGGUAUUCAAUUUUUGUGAUAAGUUGGAGGGGAAUUUAUAUAAGUUUGCAAAAAGUUUUUACAUGUCACCAUCAUUUAUGACUCUCAGUUUUUUUUUUCUCGAAUAGGAUUAAAAUGUAACUCUGUUUAAGAAAGUAUGAAGCGUUAGGUAUUUCAUUACGAAUCGACACUUGAAGACAAGAUCGAUCAGUACGGGUAUUUGCCGUAGUGCGGUUCACUGCAGACGCAAAAUAACUGCAGAAGCUAAUAAUAGCAGGCCCGGAAAACCGGUAGACGCGGCUAUUUGUUGUCUCAACUCUGAAACUCCCACGCUAGGCGACAUGCGUUGUUAGCUGCAAUCAGUGCUUUCCAUCGAAUUUUUCAUUUCCUCUCCGUUUCGAAGACAACAUUACAUCCCUCAAUUAUCGAAUAAUUAUUGCUCGCCGGCUGCAGGUGCAGCUUUACUAUGAAGUUUCUAUUUCAGGCGUGUUAUUUGCGUAAGCAUGACGACUUCAGACUAAUUUUACUUUUCUCUGCUUAUUUUUAUCGAAAAAGUAGUACCUAUCGUUAAAGUCUCUUGUUCAGAGACGAAAAAGCCUUUUCAUGUUUCUGAGCCGGACUCUGUCUUGACUCUGACUAGAUAUCCUUGUGUAUAGAUUCAAUUUAGUAACUUUUCUGACAUUGACCGACGAGCGGCAUAAUAUACACCUAUUUGAUUGCGGUAUUAGUUGCAUCCAGCCCAGCACAAAAAUAAUUUGAACUCAAACUGCCUAACUUGGCCCUUAUCACUCAUUGUUGAGGAAUAUUCAAAACAGGUUGUUUUCGCACGUCGCGCUUUUCCCGCACCUUAUUACUUUUUCACUUUUGGUUUCACUGGAACUACCUCGAAACUUUGCUCUUUUUGCGUUCUCCACGCAUAGUCUUGUUGCAUUUUUUGGUUAAAACAUUGCAGGAGAUAAGGUAAUUUGAUAAGAGAAUUCUUCAUAAUCCCCUAUUUGCGAUAAAUAACUUUCGAACAUACCGUUCUACAGGUUUCUGAGAGUUCCGCUUGGUUUUUUUUUGCUCGAAAGAUCUUAUUUUCCGAGUUUUUUUUUUCGAGCUUGAGCUGUUCAGGACAAAGAUUCAAAAUGAAUUUGAAGAAGACUUAUCGAGGUUGCCUAUCGUGUUUCUUUUGACGUCUUAUUUUUGCCUUCAGGUUUUUGUCAGUAUUUUUGUUUUUUGCUCAAAAAUACAGUUCUAGAAGUACCAGCGCCCUAAAAAUUGAUCCUCUCAUGCGGCGGUGACGUAGAAAUUUAUUCCGACCAUUUUGAAAACGUUUCCAUUGGUACAAAAUAGUGUCAACCAUCUUUCUCUGUUUCUAAGUGAUCCUAAAUGCAAGGACUAUUUGAUGUGGCCAUCUACCGUAUUUAUACUAAAACUUCACCUCCGAAUUGGACAUCCGAAGGUUUCAUUUCUUAUUUUUCACAAACGGAAAAUUUUCGCUAUACAUUAUCAUGUAUCUCUCAAGCGAAAAAAGCUCUGCGAAAGAAGUUGCUAAGAGAAUUUGAAGAAGCGUAAAAAAGAAGAUUCGUAUAGUCUGUUUUUCUUGAGCCUGAAUAUUCAUUAUGUUGGUCAUCGUUUCCGUUUUUUUUUCUUUUAAAAGUUUUGAAGGCUGUGGCAAUAAAUUCUUCCAGAAAAGGAUUCCAAGAAAUGAAUAAAGGUGUGCAGAUGACGUUGAGAGUUUUCGUAAAUAUUUUCAAAAGCUUUGGUGUCUCGAAACAAGCGUCUUUUUGUUCUGUUUCAGAGUGAGCGUUCAAAUAAAAAAUUUUUUUGCAAAUUUCUUUUCUUUAAAUCCAAGAAGCUCCGUUUUUCUACCAUUUUUCAACACUAUAGAAUUUCGAUCGAAACUAUAAUUAAAUAAGUGUUCAAAAAAACAGUUCAUGAAGUUUGAAUUGUUGAAACUUUUGAUGAGGUUUUUAAGCCUCUGCAGCACAGAAUCAUAACUUUUUUUCACUUUCUUCAUAAAUGAGUUGAUGAGAGCUUCAACUAUGUUCAAUCUGUAGUUUUCAGCUGACCAAAAAAGGAAACUUUACUGAUUCUGUUUUUGACCGGUCAUUGGAUGCUCCAAAAAGUUUGCUCCAAAGUAAACUUCUAGCUUUUGUCAGUAUGAACUCUCAAAAACUAACAUUUCUCGUAACCUCUCGUAGUCAAGUGUGUGUGUAAAUAGACACCAAUGGCGUCCGGAAAAGGACUGCGAAAAUUUGUCCGUCUUUUGUUCUUUCAGCCUUCACGUGUACCCGAUGGCAAACAAAAAUAUCCUCUUUUUAUCCUAUUUUCGGCUCGAAAAAAUAAUCAAAUUUAUUUUCAUCUCUUCCAUUUGAUCUUUUUCUAUUUACGAAUACUGGACGUGGCAUUUAUGAAGAUUCUGAUCUUAACACGAGAGACCUUUCCUGGUUAGCUUUAUGGCUUGUUCUUUAUCACUUUCUCGUUCAAUCGCAGCUGUUUCAUAUUUUUCAAAAAUUAAAGUCUUAAAAAAAAGAAUGUUCAUAAAGAUUUUAUUAACUCUCAUAUGAAUUUUCUGGUCUUUUAUAUCUACUUCUUCAACAAACCAACAAAAUAAAGGAAGUAACGUUAAAAAAUAGAAAAUAUCCAAAUUCCUUCGGAGUUUCAAGCUUACAAAAAGGUGCCCUGUAUUUUUCCGAAUGCCUGCUAAAAGACACCUUCGUUUAUAAGAUAGAGAUUCGGAGAGUUCAAAUUGCAAAACUUUCUAUUUUCGAGGAGAAAAGGCUCAAAUCCUUGGCCCAUUCAACAAGUGCAAGAUUGUUUUCUUGGUCUCUGAGGGGUUUUUUUUUAAACGAAUUUUUUCAGUUGGAAAACUCUUGAAUAUUCAACUAAAAAAUCAAAGAAUGUUUUUGCCAUCUCUGAAAACUCGGACGUGAAUUCACUAAUUUGAGAUCAGUUGAAAUCUGAUUUCAAAAUAGGUUUAAACAUAUUAAUUAAGCGUACUCUAUCGCUCGAGGAUUUUCAUUCAGAUUUUUUUUCUGCAAGUUACAAGAAAGUUCCUCAGAACUGAAACUAAAUUGGAAAAUCGUAGUUUCGACUGGACUCGAACCCACGCUCCAUCAGAACUUCUUUGAUCCUCUACUAAAAUCUCACGGCAAACAUGACUACAAGGCACAUCUGGAUGACAAAACAUGUAACUUUAGUUCGAAACUGCCAAAUGUUUGCCGAUGUCCACGAGUUUUGCGUCGCUCGGAGUCAAUUGGCGCGGACGCUUCAGUGAACCUUCUUUUUCAAUGAAAAAAGGCCUCAAGUGUCGAAAAAAAAAUGUAUUCGAUCUUUUGUUCCCACACAACAUGCUCUUGAAGUUCUCCUUGAGCGAGUCUGAGAAAUUUAUAAUUUUCGCUUCAGCUUGAAACUUUGUUUUAGUUUGAGAAAAAAGCUUCAGAAUAAAAUUCACAUUUAAACUUUUUUUGAACAGUUUUUCUUAAUGUUUUAUAAAUUUUUUUGUGACUUUUCAGAAGUUUCCACUUGUUCAGAAAGCUUUUUGGAAACUAGCCAAAAAAACUCAAAAAAAUUAAUUGCUUGUGUUGGGCAGGGAAACCCGAGCCGCCGUUGUCCUUUGGCGUUUCUUUUUGAGAAGCCUCCGCUCAUUGGGACCAGAAAGAAUUCUUUUUUUAUUCUUUAAAUAUUUUAAACUCAUUUAUUUUGUCUCCAAUCCUAUCCUCUUGGAAUAAUAAAUCAUUUUUUUGGAAUUGAUUCAACUUCAGUUGUUUGAACAGCCUGGAGGUGUCAUAGGCCUUUUCUGACUCACACCUCGUAAAAGUUCUUUUUGAAACGAAAUAUUUUAAGCUAUAUUCUUUCUGUCUAAUAAUCAUCUUUUUCAAUAUUAAGGACACAUUUUCUUGCUCCUAUUUUUUCCGUAAUCGAAAACUUUGAACACAUGAUUUGUUUAGAGCUUUUUUUCUCAUCAGUGAAACUGACUUUCUUACAAGUUCUCUGGUUAUUCACUUUUCUGUGAAAAUUUCACCUAUUUUUAUGGCCUUGGCUCCCAAAGUAGAGAGCAAGGUUCUUUAACCUCAUAGUGACUAGUUUUGAAAGAUCUCAAAAUAUUUUCAUUGCCGUCUUUUAGAUUGAAGUUUACAGAAAUGCCUAUGGAAAACUACUCGGAGACGUCGUCGCACUCGGGCGGCAUCCCGAACGGCGCCCUCACCGUUCUGAUCAUCGCCGCCGUCGCCAUCGUCUCCGUCGUGAUCACCUUGUUCUGCAUGCUCGUCAACAGUCGCAGGUUGCGUCGGAGUCAGCAUCGCAUUCAGGUCAGAAAUCCGUUCAAGAGUCAGACUAACUAGUGAAAGAAACACUUCGAAACGGCAAUAUUUGGAUAAAGCAAUAAAACAACUUUGGGACCUGCGAUUUUUCUUUCAUUAACUUGAAACUUGUCUUUCAGCUUUAUUAAUUGAAUUGAAUCUUUUUAGCUUCACAUUUUUACAUAGUUUCCGUUAAAAAUGCAUGAUGACUUUACAAGUUUGAAAAUCGUGGAAAUAGCCCUAUCAUAAAUAAACAAUUCUGGAAACUCUUGUGACCUUAUCUCUGGUUGUCUUUUUUGUAAAAUUUGAAAAGUGACUUUGGAGUUAUAACUUCAACAGUGUGAACCUAUUUGACCGUUGAAAUGGAAUGAAAAAGCUUUUCACAAUGUGGUUUCCAAAACCGAUGAGCAUAUCUCCUAUCAUAGCCAAUAUUCGUGAAAGACUUGGACAGGCUGAUAUUUUCUGUUUCAGAGGAUAAACACCCUCGGCGCGGUCUCGGUGGGAACGCCGGCGAAUCCUGGCCAGCCACGUCUUCCGAUGUACAUCACGCCGCCGAGCGCGUUCGAUCCGAAGCUCGACGCGCCGCCGAGUUACGAAGAAGCCGUCAGGUCGAUGCCACACACUCCGGUGUCGCCGAAUCCUGCCACCAGCAUGAUGGUCAGUCAGUCUCUUCUCUGCCGAAGCUCACCCUAUUUGCCGACAGUCGCUCGAUCGUUUUCCUCGCUAGUUUGCCUAAGAACUUCUCGAGAGUUCUCAACUUGAGCGUUUCGCAACAACAGAUCCUGUUGACAUACGCGGAGUUGUUUGUGAAUGACAAGAAGUAAAAAAAAAGUCUUUUUGAAAAUGUUUUGAUUUCUGUAUGCCGAGGUAGUUACUCUAGUUUUUGACGUACAAAUGACGUUACGUGUGGCGUGUCUUGUUCGAACUGCGUUCAGAGAGAUGAAACCUGUUGUCGGACUUUAUGGAGAAGCUCAAAAACAUAACGAAACAAAAAUCUUAAAAGAAGGCGGCAAUUUGGCAACGUGUUUAAAUAAUCAUUCAAGUAUUUCUUUCAAGUUCUCGUUCAAUUUUCUCAAUUUUUAUUCAAAUAAUAGGUAACUUUUCCUAAACAGAGCCUGAAGAGGGUUUUUUUAACAUGUAAAAAGAAAUAAGGUUUGUCCUCCAAGUCAUCGUUUCAGACGACAACGGUAGAUGAGACGACGCCCCGAUCACCAGCCAACGAAUCGACGAAUCCGGCGCAAAUCGAAGUGCGAGUGGAGGUGGCAGACGUGCCGAGCGGAGCGGCGGCUGUCCGCAGCCUCGCCUGA